UUUAAGGAGGCCGAGUACAUCGGGUUUCAAGAGGGAAGCUACUGGCUCCUUUCUUCUGAGGUGAUUGACCAGAAUUUUGCGAAGGUUUUUCUUUUCUGUUUUUUUUUUGCCGUUUUUCUUUUCUCCUUGAAGACCUAUACAGCAGGUUGUCCGCAAUUCAUAGGACAGUAGUCCCAUAGUUAAUGAAGUUAUACUGGACAAUUUCAUUUGGAAAAUCAUAUAUAAAAUUUUAUUACACAAAUUAUGCUGUCUCUCUAAAGAUUUAGCAAUAUAUAAGCUUAGGUUUUACUUGAUAUUUUACCUUUAACUUUUGGGUUUGCAGAUGUUUUAGUACAUGUCUGACUUACAGAAAUAUUGUACUCCCUUGAGUUCUAGUUGUUAACUUGCAUACACUCCUUUUGCUCCCUAAGAAAAUGUAUUUUAAGAAUAUUGAGGCUGAAAUUUGCGAAUUUUUGGGGGGUUAAAAGAAUGAACCUGAGGCCGCGAUUUUGAAAAGAAUAUAAUGAGCAAUUACAGUAAGUGCAAUUUAUUUGUUUCUCAAUAUAGAUUCAAAUCGAGGGAAAGAGGCUCCUUACUGCCUUGGAGCAAAGAUAUCUCAUCACUAACUCUGACCUUAAUCAGUAUGAGUUGGUAGUGAAUAGUGACCUGCUUAAUUAUGGAUGUCUCAAGCAGGCCUUCCACAGGUAUAUACUAUAAUAAACAUUCCAUUUAAAAUAUGACAAUGAUGUAUCAUAUAGUGGCAUAUUGUUUGAGAAUUUUGUUAUUAUUACUUUGAUUAAUUGGAUAAGUGUGUUCCUAAUCAGUUGUGUUAGAUCAGUUUCAAAUAAUAAGCCAAUUGAUUUUUUUUUUCAUUUGUCAGUACCUUUGGGUGCAGUCUCAUGAUCAGCUGAUAUCCUAUUGCCAAUAGCACGUCUUGCUGAACAUAUUUUAUUUUCCAUCUAACUUAAGGUUCCAUACUUUGUCCCAAUGCUUUGGACAAAAUACUCCGGCAUUUCAACUGGCAGCAGCGUUUGUCCUUUCAAGGAUUUUGAGAAAUGCUACGUCGCCGGGUGAUGUGUGGAGUAAGUCAUCAUAUUCAAAAUUUGUUAUUAUUGUUUAGUGUUGUUGUUGUUGUUGUUUCUUUUUUCACUCCAAAAGAUAGAGUGCCUCGAUCAAUUGUCCAUUUGAAGAAAUGAUAAAUCAUAUGCAAAAUUAUAUUUAUAUAAUUACACCUAAACUAUAAUGUUUGAAAAGGAUGAUAUUGUGUAAAUUGUUGUCACUAUCCAUAUUUUACCAUUUGCAGCUGAAAGUUCACUUGGAAUGAUUUAUUCCGAGACAAAGUGCAUUGGCAAGUCACUCAGUCUUUAUCUACUUGCCCUUGCCCAAGGGAUCCCUACCCGUGUCCACUUGAAGUUCCUAAGUGGUGGAAAUCAAAACCUUUGUGGCACUUCUGCGUACGUCUCAGUGGUAUUAGUCCUUGUAUAACUUAUUUUAGUGAAGACCUUAUCAUGUCUAUAAAUUUUGUUUUGCUAAAUUUUGUUCUUGUUUCCGUGUUUUAAAACCAGUGUUGAUUUUCACCAUUCAUUGUCUUAUACUCCUUUCUUUAAAUCUGAAAAAAGUUCAAAAAACCAAACUGGAUAAUAAAUAAAUUGUAAGCCAAGUCAUAUAUUUAAAUCACAACAAUUUGUAUGUGCAUGGGUCGGGGAAGGAUUCUUGUGAUUGAGUUUGUGUGUGUGUGAAGGCAUGGGGGGAGGAAUUGCAAAGGGUAUGACAUGUGUUAAGUUUAAAUUUUAACUAGUCACAGUUCCGUUCUGUUAUAAAAUGUCUAUAGCUUAUUGUAUUGUUUUGCAGUAAAAAGAUGCAGGACAGCUUGACAUCAACAAAUGGUGUUGUAUUUAUUGAUGACCCAGACAUCAAUAAACCUUUUGGGGAGUUCCUUCUACAAGUACAGGGCAGACUGUUGUCUGGGUCUAAGAAAGAGGGCAUGAGUGCAUCACGAGCUGGGGUUUUACUGUCAUCUAAUUCCCCAGAAAUAUCACGGUAUGUUUUGCACCCGGUCAGUACAGUUUAA